AUGUCUUCUUCGUCCACGUCCCUGGAGGCUCGCAAGCAGGAGAUCUUGGCCAAGCGCGCAAAACUCGCCGAGCUCAAGAGGCAGCGUGCUCUGCGCCAAAAGGAGUUCACGUCAGCCCGCGAGAGUGGAGACGCUGCAGAGCUCAUCUCCACUCUUGUCGACCGCCCUGGCCGUUCCACCCCUCGCGACCAGGAUUCUCCCACCACCUCUGCCAACGUCGGCGCGAGCCGUCCCAACUCCAUCUCGCUCGACACUCCAUCCGCUGCUUCGACUCCCGCUCCUCUUUCCGUCUCCCACCAGACCCUCUCCUUUACCACCGUCUCAACAGUCCUCAAUCAGCCUUCGGACCCCAAGCCAGAUGUCAUCACAUACAGCAAGGGCGUACAAACCAGCGAGCCCUGGUCACCCCAGCACAAUCGCCAGCCUUCAGAUGACGAGUCAAGCUACUCUCCUUCAAGGACGAGGAAACGCUUGAGCAGAAGAGAGCGCGAAAGAGACGAAGAGCUGAGGCAGAACAUUCGCAAGGAGAUCGAGGACGAACUGCAGGCUCUCAAGCUGUCGGAAGAUGCUGCAUCCACAAACGGCAAGCAGAACUUCCCUGCACGCACCUUGACUCACGAAGAACUGGGCGCUGUCACUGCUUCCGACGACUUUCUGGACUUCAUCGACCGCUCCACAAAGGUCAUUGAGCGAGCAUUGGACGAAGAGUACGAUGUGCUCGCCGACUAUGCAAUGCGUGGUGCGAAUGGCUUGGAUGACGACGAAGAGGAUGGUCAAACACGAACCACCAGAGGCCGUCGUGUGCGCGAGUUGAUGCAAUUCCAAGACGACCGCUGGACCAAACGCCGCAUGAUCAGUGACCUCGACUACUCUGUAAAGUACCCUGAACUAUUGCUGGCCUCAUACACAAAAGCUUCCAACUCUUCACAAAGCGCUCCUGGCUUGGCUCUGGUCUGGAACGCACAUAUGCCAUCUCAACCAGAAUACGUAUUCACCGCGACGAGCGAUAUCCUAACUGCUCGCUUCUCACCCUACCAUCCUAGCCUCGUAUUAGGUGGUACAUACUCGGGCCAAGUCUGCCUCUGGGAUAUUCGCCAGCGCUCACAUGACGGAGCACCGGUGCAACGCACACCCCUGGCUGGCGAAAAAGGAGGCCAUGCCCACCCUAUCUACAGUGUCGCCGUGGUCGGCACACAGAAUGCCAGCAGCAUUGUCAGUGUCAGUACAGACGGCACGACAUGCGCCUGGUCAUUUGACAUGUUAUCAAAGCCGCAAGAAUAUCUCGAGCUCAUCUCGCCUACAGGGCGCAACCGUACAGAGGACAUUGCUCCUUCGUGUAUCAGUUUCCCCAAAGCAGACCCUACAUAUUUCCUGGCCGGCACUGAAGACGGAGCUAUCGUGCCAGUUCACAGAUACGACCGUGCAGGCGCGAAGGCUGGAGUGGAUCCACGCGUAUACUACACUGGCCAUGCCGCACCUGUGACUGGGCUUGACUUCCAUCCUAGUAAAGGAAAGAUCGAUCUCGGCGAUCUGGCCAUCAGUUCUUCUCUGGAUUGGAGUGUCAAGAUCUGGCGUGUGAAGCCUCCGAGCACAGCCGUCACCACAGCUGGAGUAGGCGCAGCUCCCGGAACGCCCGAGAGACCUCUGCUAGACAUCAUGCGUGAGGACGUCAUUUACGAUGUCAAAUGGUCACCUACGAAGCCCGGUGUCUUUGGUUGUGUUGACGGUGCAGGAAGGCUAGAAGUCUUUGAUAUCAACGUUGAUGUUGAAGUGCCUGUUGCACGUGCUCAGCCGAGCCACACGCAAGGCGAUGUAUUUGGUGUAAAGAGCUUGAAUAGGCUUGCUUGGGAGCACAACGAAGGCAAGCGGGUCGCUGUGGGUGGUCUUGAUGGCAUCGCAACUGUCUUCGAAGUAGGCAAUGAUCUCGGUGGACUCGAGGGAAACAACAAGGGUGAAGAUUGGUUCGGUGUCAAGCGACUCAUCUCGAGACUUGACAGAUCACGAGAAGGAACCGAUGGUCGAUGA